CUCGACUCCCCAGCAUCAGCAGCACACACACACACACACACACACACACACACACACACACGCACCAUGGCGGGUGGUUCCUGCGCGACGUUGCUGGCGCGAGCGGUUGUCGUUGUUGGGCUCUUGGUGGUAGGGGUGCCGAGGGUGCAGCCAGCAUAUGGUGGGCUGGCGGCAAACAAAGGGGGCAGCCUCUUCACGUCCUCCGCCAACAUCCACUCGCUCUUCUCCGUGGAGAAGGACAUGGCGCAGCUCCUCAAGCGCUACAUCCAAGACCAGGAGCAUCGCCUGCAGCAGCUCAAGGGCCUGGUGGAUGUCAUUGAACGAACACCAGUUCCGCCAACCGACAACGACCUUGAACCGCAAGACAGCUUCGGCCUCCUGCAUCGCAUGGUGGAAGGCAUGCAGCAUGUGCAGGAGCUGUUUGAGAACGACGUCCAGCGCGAGGUGCAGGACGCCCUCACAAACAACGGCCUCCCCAACAUGGAUGACCUGAAAGGAGGCGCACAAGGCCUUCUGCGCCUCCAACGCGUCUAUGCGCUGAAACCGCAGGAGCUGUUGCCCAAUGCCAGCGCUCCGGAGCUGCUUGCCAUUGGCCAGGAGGCAUACAAUCAGAAUGACAUGGCCAGCGCAGACCGGUGGCUGGAGUUUGCGCUGAGCAAGCUUGACGAUGCGAGCGCAAACUACGUGACCGCGCUGGAUUACCUUGCCUUUGUUGCGUUCAAGCUGCGUGACCUUCCCCGCGCCAUUGAGUACUCUGAGCGGCUCUUGCAACGGGAUCCCAACAACACGCGCGUGGCCCUCAACCUCGAGUACUACAACGUCACGCUCAACCGCAACCGCAGCCUGCCAGACCCGCACGCCAAAGACAAGGCCGACGCCCACGAUGACGCAGACGUGCGCCACGACCGCGACAACAUCCUUGGGCACAGCGAAGAGGAUAUGGAGCGUUUCAGGCGUCUGUGCCGUGGUGAGACCCUGUAUCACCCGCAGAGGCCGCUAACUUGCGAGCUCAAGCACUACAACCAGCCGCACCUGUUCCUCAAGCCCAUCAAAGUCGAGCACUUGCACGAGGGCCGACAGCGCCUGCAGGUCUUCCGCCAGUUUGCAUCGCCCGAGGAGUGCAGGCAUCUUCAACACGCCGGCAAGCGGCGGCUGGAGCGCGCUGUUGCGUGGACCGAUGGGCGGUUUCAGCCCGUGGAGUUUCGCAUCAGCACAGCGGCGUGGCUGCAGCCAGACCACGAUGCCAUUGUCAAGCGCAUCCACGGCCGCAUUGAAGACGCAACGCAGGUCGAUAUUGAAUAUGCAGAGGCGCUCCAGAUCUCCAACUAUGGCAUGGGCGGGUUUUAUGAGCCCCACUUUGACCAUAGCAGCCGCGGCACCAACCCUGACGGGGAGCGGCUUGCCACCUUCAUGAUCUACCUCAACCCGGUCAAGCAGGGCGGCUUCACGGCGUUUCCUCGCCUCGGCGCAGCUGUGCAACCCGGAUAUGGCGACGCCGUGUUCUGGUACAACCUACAACCCUCGGGCGUUGGCGAUCCCCUCACCCUGCACGGCGCGUGCCCUGUCCUCCGCGGCUCAAAAUGGGUGGCCAACAAGUGGAUCCAUGAACGCGGCAACGUGUGCCGAAAGCCGUUGCCAGGAGAAACAUUCACCGCGUAUUCAUCAGCAGAACAGCGGCAGCAGCACUGCACACCUCGUUUGCCGGUUACAUGACUGUCUUUUCUCUUUUCCUUCCACUCUUCCUCCUCUUCGUAUCUCGAUCAUCACCAACCCCCCGAUGGUCGUCUGACGACGUGGUGUAUGCGUCUGUUCUUUGAUGAUGCUGUUACCGUGCGUCUCGUAUUCGAUUGUACAUGCAACAAAGCAGAGCAAGC